CUCUUCGCAGGUUGCGUUCGGAGCUUUGACGGUGGGGCAUUUCUGACACCGACCAACAAUCCCCACCACAUUUAUGUAUAUUCAUGUGUGGACUCUCCUCAUUCUGGCGUCACAGUGCGUGCAUCACUUCUAGGAUACGUGUGGUGUUGAAAAUCCAAGAUGUAGGGUUACGGAUGAGGGUGUUCAUUUCGCUGUAGCAGCAGGUGUCUGCGUCUCUGUGGAUUAUGCGGCUGGGUUUAUGUGCAGAUUUGAGGGUUUGAUCGGAAGUCGUUCACAUAUCGAGCCCCCGAUUCUGUAACUUAGUCAAGAGAGCAGUAGGCGAACAGGGAUUAAGGGAAGAUGGCGUUGAAUCCGCAGCUCUACGACAAUGGCACGCCUGUGCCAUUUGUUGAUGAAUUGUUUGUACUGCGGCGAGACGCUGUGAAUUUCGAAGUCGACAAAGUUGCAGAGGCUCCUGGAAGUAAAGUUUCAGGAAGGGGAGCAGCUUAUUUGUCGAACUAUCGCAUUGUUUGUGUACUUGACAAGCCCGUGGAUAAUGUUCAAGCUUUUGAUAUGCCUCUGGUCUAUAUUCAUGAAGAAAAAUUUAAUCAACCCAUCUUUUUUUGCAACAAUCUUGCUGGCAAAGUCCAUCCGGUGAUUCCAGAGGGAGCCAACAGAGCUUUAUAUAGUCCACAUUCAUUCAAAAUUAAUUUCAAGGAAGGUGGAACGGGUACUUUCAUUCCUCUUUUUAUGAAUCUGAUUAAGAGUGUUAGGGCAGCUCAAAGGAUGGUGGACGAACCGCAAUCGCAACCCUCUGCUCCACCUAUCGAUCCUAUGCCCGCUGCACCAGCGCCAGUUGAUGAAAUGAUGCGACACGCGUAUAUCGACCCAUCCGAUCCAACAAAACUGUAUUUGCAGCAGCCUUUUGAGUCGCAGCCAACAUUGCGAAGGCGUAAUUAUUCAUUUGCUGGGGAUAGCCAGAUGUAACGUUGGACAACUCUGGAGUCAGGUGUUUCUUUUAGGAAUAAAUUUAAAAGUUUGUAAUCUCUUUAGUUUGCUAUUGUUUGUAGAAACCUAUGUUGAGUGCCCAAUUGUCUGUCAAGGCUUCUUCGGAAGCUGGUGUGAGGGACGACGGAGAUAGGCUAGCAAUUGUGGUAAACUGUAGUGUUUGAUAGAGUUGUAAGUGUGUAUGUAUGUGAAUAUGGCUUCUUUAUAUUCAAAUAGUGUGUGAGGUAUGUGAAAUGGCGGCAUUUUGCUAGUGCUCAGAAUAUACUGUUGAACUGCAUAUAGCACUAGCAACCACAAAAUAAAAUUAAAAAGCAAAAAUAAGA